UCCUUGGAAGAGGAUGAUGACAAUGAUGGUGAUAUGGAGGAUGACGACAUUGUUCAAACUUCCCCAAAUAUCAGCGAGUCCUCAGACAGUGAUGAUGUUAUGCCCAGACAGAAGCCACAUCACACACGGUCACUUGCAUCUGCAACAGCAGCUUUGCCUGGUCGAACUCAUAUUAGAGUUAAAGGCCCAGCUGAGGUUAUCCACAGAUAUCAAAAAGUCCUGAAAACCUUCACUCGUGUUCGCACAAUGACCGAAGCCUUCAGGAUCAAUGGUGUUGAUCGUGGAACCAUCAAGAUGACGGCACCUAUUGCAGAGCUCCACAUCGUGGACCCAGAAACCUAUAAGGGUCUGAAGUUUGAUCCUGCAAAUGAGACCCUGCUGUCUUUUGCUAAAAAAUGUGCGAGCCACAUUACUCCUGAGAAAAAGAAAAUUAUAGAGGACAAGAAAUCAAGAGGCCAACUUCUUCCCUUAAUGAUGAAGUACUAAAAAUUGUUCUGCUUUGUUCAGUUCAUGCUAAAAGAGCAAGUUUAUGUUGCUCUGGGCUGGUAAAGUUAAAUAUUUAGAUUUUAGAUAAAGUGCAAUAUUUUCUGGUUUAUAUAUAUAAUCCUGCUUAAAUAGCAACUGAAGUAAACACUUAAAAAAUGUAAUUUUAU